AAAAAUCCAAAAUUCAAAUUUUCAUCCACGCUCCGGUCUCAUACAUCACCACUUAACACUUAAUUGGUCAGUGCCAAUCACCUAAAUCAUCCAUUGGUCCGUGAAUUUCACCUCACAUAUCCGCGAGUGGUACCCUGCCGCCCAACUCAAGAAGAUUAGCACAAAAAAGUCCCAGCGAAUUUGGGCAUUUUCAUCAUUCCAAUUAAAUUUGUUCCCAUACGUAAACAUAUAUUGGUAGGAUUACGGGUUGGUGAUUGUAUCGCCUGGUUGAGCUGGAAUUCAAGAAAUCCCAGUAGAAUUUCUGUCUAUACAUAUAUAUAGGUGUAAAAGGGGAAGCAAAAAAAGUAGGAUUUGAUUGAUUUUGGGGGGAAAAAAUUGAAGGGAAAAAUGGCGCAAGCAGUGGAAGAAUGGUAUAAGCAGAUGCCCAUCAUUACCCGCUCUUACCUCACAGCUGCAAUUGUCACCACCAUCGGUUGUUCCCUCGAUAUAAUAUCUCCGUAUAACUUGUACUUGAAUCCCAAGCUGGUGGUGAAGCAUUAUCAGUUCUGGCGCCUCAUUACCAAUUUCCUGUACUUCCGUAAAAUGGACUUGGACUUUCUGUUUCACAUGUUUUUUCUGGCUCGCUACUGCAAGCUUCUUGAGGAAAACUCUUUCAGGGGAAGGACAGCAGAUUUCUUUUACAUGCUGUUGUUUGGAGCCACUGUUUUAACUGGAAUAGUUCUUAUAGGUGGGAUGAUACCUUAUGUUUCAGAAUCAUUUGCAAGGAUCAUCUUCCUCAGCAAUUCACUGACAUUUAUGAUGGUUUAUGUUUGGAGCAAGCAAAAUCCAUUCAUCCACAUGAGCUUCUUGGGUCUCUUUACUUUCACAGCUGCUUACCUUCCAUGGGUUCUUUUGGGCUUUUCAGUGCUUGUUGGUGCUAGUGCUUGGGUGGAUCUCCUGGUGAGUGUUUCUUUUUUUGUUGUGUCAGCUUUUGAAUAUCAAACUUUACUUUGUGUAAGAGAGAGGAAAAAAAUCUUAAAUGUAUUUAUCAUUUGGCAAGUCAAAAAUGUUUUUCUUUAUUGUUUUGGAAUCAUGAAUGAGGAAGCUUUAUGUUUAGCUUAUUAUUUUGGGAUAGUUCUUGACUAA